CGAACGUUUCCGAUUCCACGGAUUCCACCUACUUGCUCCUGUCAGCACGCGAUUUACGAUUUUGACAUUAUUUUGACAUGUUUUGACGUUACUAAGAAAAUUAAAAAUAUAUUAUAAUAAAACUUAAAAGAUGAUGUCCGAAAGGGAUUACGCGCCUUUGAGCGCAGCAUGUGUUCGUUCUCUUAAUGACAAAUUGUACGAAAAACGGAAACCAGCCGCGGUAGAAAUCGAAAAGAUGGUGAAAGAAUUCGCCGCUCACAACAACACCGUACAGAUCAAAAGAUUACUGAAGGUUCUCGGACAGGACUUUGCCACUUCGCAGAAUCCGCAUACACGCAAAGGUGGCUUAAUCGGUCUCGCAGCGAUUGCCGUCGGUUUGGGAAAAGACACUGGCCAAUAUAUAGAGGAUCUGAUUCAUCCUAUCCUGGCAUGCUUCUGUGAUUCUGAUCUGAGGGUCAGAUAUUACGCCUGCGAAAGUCUAUACAAUGUAGUGAAAGUGGCAAGGGGUGCGGUAUUGCCUCAGUUUACAGAUAUUUUUGCAGCUCUCAGUAAACUGGCCUGCGAUUCCGAGCAGAAUAUAAAAAACGCUACCGAGUUACUCGAUAGACUAAUGAAGGACAUUGUAACAGAAAGUGGCCUCUUUGAUUUAGUCGGAUUCAUGCCUUCGUUGCGUGAACGCAUUUAUACUAAAAAUUCAUUUGGCAGACAGUUCGUAAUAUCAUGGGUGUCUGUGUUGGAUGCAGUGCCCAACAUGGAUUUUAUUAUAUUUCUACCGGAGAUACUUGAUGGAUUGUUCAGGAUAUUAGAAGAUCCAACGCCAGAGAUCAAGAAAGUUACAGAUACAGUUCUUGGUGAAUUUUUACGUAGCAUAAAAUCUAAUCCCGCGCGAGUGGAUUUUCCAGCUAUGAUAAAUAUAUUGAUUACACACGCUCAGAGUUCAGAUGAAUUGCUUCAAUUAACCGCCAUUACAUGGAUAAAGGAGUUUGUAUAUUUGUCGGGUCCUCUUAUGCUCCCAUAUAUGUCUGGCAUUCUCUUGGCUGUUUUGCCAUGCUUAGCCUAUGAUGGUGAUACGCGAAAGAGUAUCAAAGAAACAGCCACUCAAGUAAACACAAAUUUAAUGAAAUUAAUAAUCAUGGAAAAUACAGAGAUUACAAAUAAAAAGCAAGAAGAUAAUACGAACUCCAAGAAAGAGAAGAAUGAUGUGAAAGAAAAUUAUUCUUUGACUGAAAGCUUGGAUCUCGCCAGUAUCGUAGAAGUACUUACGAGAUAUUUACUGUACGUAUCGGUCCAAACCAAAGUUGCGGUUUUAAAAUGGAUACAUCAUUUAUUCAUAAACAUUCCACAUGAAAUGUUUAAUCAUAUCGAGGACUUGUUUCCGAUAUUAAUGAAAUCUCUAAGUGAUACUUCCGACGAAGUGGUGCAACAGACUUUAGUAGUAAUGGCUGAAAUUAUCAGCUCAAAAUCUCCGGAGGCGGUAACGACUGACCCCGACGCAAAAAUGCAGAAUAAAUACUUCACAAAGUUUAUAGUCAAUUUAUUAAGAGUCUUUUCAACCGACAGACACUUGUUGGAAGAACGAGGCACUUUCAUUAUAAGAGAGUUAUGCAUACUUUUGAGCGCGGAAGAUAUAUAUAAAACGCUAGCAAAUAUAUUACUAGAAGAACAAAAUUUAAGCUUUGCGUGCACAAUGAUACAAACUCUGAACGUUAUCCUGUUAACCAGUUCCGAGUUAUUUGAUUUGCGCAACAAGCUCAGGCAUUUGGAUUCUCCAGAUAGCUGCGCCUUAUUUGAAUGCCUAUAUGUAUCGUGGUGUCAUAAUCCAGUCGCGACAGUGGCUUUGUGUCUCCUGUCACAGCAUUAUCGACAUGCAUGCAAUAUCAUUCGAUCGUUCGAAAACAUAGAAGUAACAGUAGAGUUUCUCACGGAAAUAGACAAAUUGGUACAGCUAAUAGAAUCGCCGAUAUUUACUUAUCUGAGGCUGCAGCUGUUAGAAUGGGAAGAGAACGAUGCUCUAAUAUACGCGUUAUAUGGUUUACUGAUGAUUCUACCGCAGAGUGAAGCCUACGCCACUUUGCAACGUCGUUUAGCCGCGAUACCUCCAGCUACGAAGCCGAUACCUAAAAGUGAAAAAUCGCAAAAGAAAACGGACGCUUAUUGCCCGUUUAAUUUCAGUGAGCUGUUGAAACAUUUUCAUGUAGUUCAGGAGCAACAUAAAGAACACAAGCGCAAACAAAGACUGAACUCCUUAGUCGAGAGGAAUGCUAGUCACAUAGACGUGUGAGUCACAUAUGCAUUUUUACGACGCGUGAAUACGUACGGAUUUUACGUAUAACGUAUAUAAAGGGGAAAAAAAAUAUAUAUAUAUAUAUACGCCUGA